UGACCCUCUGCCUCAACCACUCGCAGCACUUCUAAUAAUCACCUUCAGCAACACUUACUUCAGCUCCAGCUCCAUAAGAAGAAGCCAAUUAUGUCUGCCAUCAUAAAGGUGCUUCUGCUGCUGGCCGUCUUGGCCUACAUCUCUAAAGCUCAAAUUAACGAACCAGGACAGAACUGUUUGUGUCAGCGUGUCAGGAAUGGCACCAUCUCAAGGACUAAAAUAAAGGACGUCCAAAUCUACCACGCAACUGUCUUUUGCAGCAAAGUAGAGAUUGUUGUCACCAAUAAGAACGGCUAUCGCUACUGCCUGAACCCUGAGGGGGAGAAUGUGAAAAACAUUCUGUCUGCAAUCCUAAAGAAACCCUCCACUUCCAAACCGACUGGAGUCUUUUCCACCACGAGCAGCAAACCCUCCACCCACGUCUGAAUCUCCUCUCCAUUCUCUGACUGAGUCCUCUGACCUCUCAACAUGUCCAUCCAUUCUUUGGACACACUUGGUCCAGUUCAGAACCACGAGAAGAGAAGCUGGCUGGAACCAGGACAGACCACCAGUCCAUAACAAACUCAAACGCAACUUAAACACUUUUUUAAUCUAUUUAUCUUGUAUUUAAACUCGUGUGCAGCUACACCUCAUAAAACCUACCAUGUCUUUAUGUUUGAUUGAUAAAUGUGUAUGUUGUUGAUUAUUGUUCAGUUCUGCAUCUUUUUGUAAUAAAAUGUAAGUGAAGACAGAAUUGACCACUUGUGUUUUGCUCUGAACCUGAAACAGCUUGCGUUCUUGACAACACUGCUUCCCUGUGGAUUAAAGCUGCAAAUGCAUGAUGUUUACUCAGCAUUACGUCACCUCUCAAACAGAGCGGUCUCUUGUGUUUUCGGAGUAUUUAAUAUCAGGAGUUGAACUUUAAAGGCCGCACAAGUGACAUCAGAGCCGUGUACUUAGCACAGAUGGGGUGGGGUCGGAUCAGCUGUCUGAUUGGCUGAUGACCUUCACACCUAGAAACGCACAUAAACACCAUUUCGUAGCUCUCUGGUCUGUCACGUUUGUUACAAAAUCAUUCCCAAUGGCAUUAAACUUAUUUCCAAACAUUUAAAUUGUCCUGCAGAGACAAGCAUCCUGGAUACACAAGAGAGGUUUCAUUUUGAACAUCAUAAAUAUUUAAAUAGUCCAGGCUAAAAAUACAGGCAAGGAUGAGUUUGGGACAGGAUCAGAACGUAUCUAAAAAAAAAAAAGAUUUUUCCUUUUCGAUACAUUUAGAAAAAGCAGAAGGUUUUUUAACUGAAAGCAGGGGGAAAGUGCUUCACCUUUUGUUAAAUCACUGGUAUUAUUUCCCAGUUCUGGAUAGAAAGAAUUGGGAUAUUUGAGUUAGAGACUUUGAGGUCACCUGUGUGCCACUGAGCCAGUGACUCAAAGAGGCAGUGGCUGUGAAAAAGAAUUAAGGAUACAUGUACAGUUUUGUGGAAAAAAAUGACAACGUUUUGGAUUUUGGCACGUAACUGAUGCAAGCUGGCAAACAAAUCAGGCAAAAAAAUAUUUUUACAAAUACUGAGAAAAAACAAAAAGUCGUUUUCACAUUUUCUUUUCACUUAUUUCAAAAAUAAGCUACCUAACCUUGAAAAACUGCAACUGACCACUACAUCUAAAAGAACACCUAAUUGGUUUCCCGCUUCUCCCACCUACUGGAUGUAAGUGGAAGUAAAACUUUUGGAAACAACUCCUACGCAGCCUGCUGUAACUAGCGCUUACAGCUAACACUAACAAAGCCAGCUGACACUAAAUUUGCCACAAAGUAAAAAUAUUACCACUAAAUUUUACUACUUACAAGUCCAGUAGCAACAAAGCCAGGUCACCAUCAAUCUACUUUUGCUCCCUCAAACUAGUGUAGCCAAUGUUCGCUCUGAUGUUAGCUCUUUACUUCACCUCCAAAGACAUCACUCUUGUAGAAUUAAAUAUUGUUGCUUUUAAGCUUAAUAUAUUACCUUUACUUAUGACCAAUAAGCCGGGAUAUUCUAUAUAAAUAUAGAGUAUCACUUUGAUUGGUCUUUGAAUGUUUAAUCAGAAGAUUCUAGGAUUCUUUACUUUUUCAGGGAUCAAACACACUUUGUAUCAAUUCAUACAGAGGGUCAAGUUUUUUUAAAAAGUAAAAAUUUAUUUUCUAAACAAUUAAAAACAUGACGAGUUAACUAAGACUACUGUGAUGGAUGAAUCUAAGUGGAUGGGAUGUGAGGUGUGAUUAUGUGUGAAUGUGAUGUUAUCAGAACCUUCGUAUCUAGAGAAGAACUGAGUUCUGGGUGUGAAAAGAAUUUGGUUUGCAUUAAACUAUGAAGCUGAUUCUUAUCAAAACCACAUCAGAUGCAAUUCAUGCUGUGUCCACCUCACCCUUUCUUUGGAGACCAUCUUCGCAGAUCCGGAGGUCAGGGAGGUCGGAUGACCUCUGGGCACCAAGGUUCAGUAGAUUAACCGCAGCACCGACUACGUUCCAGAGAUGUUUCCGAGUCGCAACAGAUAGAUGAAAUCGUUUGCAUUUAGAAGGACUCUUAGGGAGUCGGAACUGUAUCAGCUUUGUUCUGCAGUGUCAGCCUCAGCAUGUAGCAGGUUUUUGACAGCUUGUCAAAAGAUGCUCUGGGUUAAAGAGGUGCUCCGGAUGGCCGGUCCGUAGCUUUCUCUAGAACUAACAGAAUGCUGAAUCUCACAGAAUGCUGGAAUGCUGACUCACUCCGCAAGUGAUUCUGUUUUAAUAUUCUCAUGUUAUGAUUUACUUGGCCAAUCGGGACGUGCCAUGCUAAGAGGUGUUAACAAACAGACCUCAGAACAUCACGCCUUCUUUCAGAUACAGGGUGCUCUGAUUUGUGGGUAAGAAAAUAUCUAUGUGCGGUGACGUUAACUUUAAUUUAUAUCUUAUGAACAUUGUGUAUGAGUGUAGAUAAUGAUUCACUCGUUAAAUCAAACAUUACUGAUCAUAACACCAAAAUGUUUUGUUUUAAUAACAAAAUUCCUUUCAACCACAGUAAUUUAAGCACAGAUUAAUCAAAACAUUUCAUUAGUAUUCAUAUAACAUUUGUUCAUUCAACCAUAUUAUUAUUUAAUGAUUAUUUAACUUAUGAGUUGUAAAACUGUUCCUUUUUCAUGAGAGUGAGCAAUCCUGCGGUGUUAUCAAAAGAAGGCUUUGUUUGGGAACACAGGCUGUUGUUUGUUCCUCCUGAAAUGUCAAAAAGGUUUGCAGAAUCUUGUGGGCUUGUUGGAAGAUAGAAUGUGAAAUCCACCUUAGAGAGUGGAAUUAGGUCUGUAGAUGACCGGUGGCAUGUAGGUCAAUCUGUAGGUGAAA